CGCCGGGCGCCAUGGCGGCGGUGGGGCGGCCGCUGCAGCUGACGCUGGCUCUGCUGAAGCCGGACGCUGUGGCUCACCCGCUGGUGCUGGAGGCCGUGCACGAAACCAUCCUCAGCAACCGGUUCCUCAUAGUGCGCGCCAAGGAGCUGCGCUGCGGCCGGGAGCAGAGCCGCCGGUUCUACCGGGAGCACGCGGGGCGGUUCUUCUACCAGCGGCUCGUGGAGUUCAUGGCCAGUGGCCCCAUGUGGGCUUACAUCUUGGCCCAUGAGAAUGCUGUCCCACUCUGGAGAUCCCUGAUGGGUCCCACCAAAGUAUUCCGAGCCCGAAACAGCGUCCCAGACUCCAUCCGAGGAGCUUAUGGCCUCACUGACACCAGGAAUACCACUCAUGGCUCAGAUUCACCAGCAUCAGCCAGCAGAGAAAUUGCCUUUUUCUUCCCAGAGUUCGAUGAGCAGCUCUGGUACCAGCAGGAAGAGCCACAUCUGCGCCGAGGGCAGGUGUAUUACAAUGCAGAGGAGCGUGUCCACUGUGUUCAGAGAUGAAGAGACAAGAGUUUACCUGAGUUAUGCAGGGGUACAGAUCAAAAGGAUCUGCGGAAUAUUUCUGCGUUUUUGCAUUGCUGUUUUAUUUUCACCAGCAGUAUCCAAAGGUGGAUCUGCUCAUGAUCGAGUUUGUGUUUAUACAGCUCUGGAAUCUUGCUGUCCAUAAUGCUAC